UCAUUCUCAGACGAAGAACGACUUGUGCAGCAGAAACCAGUGAGAUGGAGCGGCGCUUCCGCUCUCUCCUUCUCCUCCUUCUCCCGCCGCUGCUCAAUUUUCUCUCUCUGAAUCCAGUCGCCGGAAUCGGCGGCGGCGCUGCCGGUGUUAUCAAAGUGAAUUACAAAUUCGCCGGCUCCGACGCCAGUCUCAGCGCCCUCAGAGCUCACGAUGAUAUCCGCCAUCUCUCCAUUCUCGCCGGCGUAGACCUCCCCCUCGGAGGCACCGGUCGUCCUGACGCCGCCGGGCUCUACUAUGCUAAAAUAGGCAUUGGAACACCGUCGGAAGAUUAUUAUGUGCAGGUUGACACUGGAACUGAUAUAACUUGGGUUAACUGCAUUCAGUGCCAUCAAUGCCCCCGACGAGGCUACCAUGGUAUAGAACUUCCUCUUUACAGUCCAAAAGAUUCUCUUACUGGAAAACUAGUGUCAUGUGAGGAAAAAUUUUGUAAAGAGAUCGGUGGAGGCUUAUCAGGCUGCAAUGCUAAUUCGUCAUGCUUGUAUACUGAGGUGUAUGGAGAUGGGAGCUAUACCAUAGGAUACUUUGUUGAGGAUGUUGUCCAGUAUGAUCGAAUCUCUGGAGAUUUGGAAACAAAAUCAGCCAAUGGAAGUGUUAUUUUUGGAUGUGGUGCCCAACAAUCUGGAGAUCUGGGGUCAUCGGACGAGGCACUUAAUGGCAUAUUGGGUUUUGGAAAAUCUAACUCGUCAAUGCUUUCACAGCUGGCUUCGUCUGGAAGAGUGAAAAAGAUGUUUGCUCAUUGCUUAGAUGGUGUAAAUGGUGGAGGUAUCUUUGCUAUUGGGCAUGUGGUUCAACCUCUAGUAAAUACAACACCCUUGGUGCCAAACCAGCCACAUUACAAUGUCAAUAUGACUGGAAUCCAAGUCGGUCAUGUUUUCCUGAAUCUGACUACAGAUAUCUAUAUGGCAGACAAGAGGGGAGCAAUAAUUGACAGUGGUACCACGUUGGCAUAUCUGCCACAAAUGAUUUAUGAACCACUAGUGAAAAAGAUACUCUCCUGGCAGAUGGAUCUAAAACUGCAAUUGCUUCACGACCUAUAUACUUGCUUUGAUUUUUCUGGCAGUGUCGAUGAUGGAUUUCCAACAGUGACCCUCCAUUUUCAAAAUUCACUUUCUCUGAUGGUUUAUCCUCACGAGUAUCUAUUCCCAUUUGAAGACUUGAUGUGCAUUGGGUGGCAAAACAGUGGCUUGGAAUCCCCGGAUAAACAGAAUAUUACACUUUUAGGAGAUCUGGUUCUUGCCAACAAGCUGGUCCUUUAUGACCUCGAAAAGCAAGCAAUUGGAUGGACUGAAUAUAACUGCUCCUCGAGUAUCCAAAUAAAGGAUGAAAUCACUGGUUCAGUACAUCUCGUGGGAGCUCACACUCUGUCCCAUGGUUCGAGAUUCAGCCUCCGUGUCGUAUUCCUCUUACAGAUGAUGGCUGUGUUGCAUGGUUUGAUACAAUGACUACUACUACCAUUCUCACCAAAAACAACUCAGUAUAGGAAACACUGAAAAAUGACCAUAAAAUCUCAGAAGUUGGCUGUGACUUUUGUGUUUUGUAGCAUUACAUUAGAUGGUGUAAAUAGCUGUUUGUAUAGAUAUAAGUACACAGAUUGAUUGUUUCCACAACUUGUGGUGGUUAUAAUAUGUGCAUCCUAUAAUAUUGUGAUGUAAAACUCCCAAGUGAAACCUUUCAUAUUAGAUCCACUUUGGUUUCAAUUGAAAA